UUUCUGGUCUGCCAUGGCUUCACUGUUCAUGGAAUCCAGGUUCUAUAAAGGCUGGAAGUGAAGAGGAACUGUGCCCACAGGCUGAUAGCAUGGGCUCAUCAGGCAGUACCAGCACUCUGGCAUCUUCUGUCAUUGAAGUUGAAUCUGGCCGUGAUGAUCUGGCUUUAUGUCAUGACGAGGUUGACAUGACCCCACUCCCUCCACCUCCAACACUGUCCAUUACUGAGGAAAUCAUGCAGUUCAUUAAUGAGAGCCGUGCCCGACAAGGCAUGGCAGAGUUAACAUCUGAAGUGUUGACUCCAGAGUCCCCGGAAGUCCAGUCAUCAGAGAAACAGCAGUUAGAUGAAUCUAAACCACUAAUAGCUGAGGUGGAUGAAAAUAAAUAUCAGACCAAUGAUACCGAAAGAUCAGAACCAGAAGAAAUGCUGGUAGAUGGGUCAGACAAAGAAGAGGACAGCCAUCCAUCCUGUGAAGCAAAUGUUGAUCCAGCAGAGGAGCUUGAGAAAUCAUCAUCACUAUUGCACAGCUCCAAAGAACUGAAUCAAUCAGAAGAGUUGACAUUACCAGAGCCCAGACAUAGUGAAUCAUCAAAACCAGAAAUGGUAACGGUCACAGAUGAAAAAGGGGAAAAAGACACUGAGGAGGACUCCGUUAGUAAAAGUACAGAACCUCAAUUAUCUGACAAUUUGGACAAAACCACUGAUGACACAGCAUGUACGGCUAAGUCAGUUUGUGCUCACAUUUCUACUGCAUUAAAAACAACUGACAGCUCUCUUGUCCCCAAAGCAGAAACUGAGCAAAAACUUACCAAAAGUGACAAGCAAAUUAUUGAGAAGAUACGCAGCUAUUAUGAGGCAGCAGAGGCAGGGGUCGAGGAGGGUCAGACACCCCGAAGAAACAGCUUCUCUCAUAUUCCUGCUGGAUUAGUGAAAGAUUCGGUGUCUCGAUUCAAUGUUUGUGUUCGCCAUGACAGUCUACUUGAGCCUGAGAGUAGCCGCUCAGACUGUGUUGAAACUGAUGCAGCAUCUUUAUUACUCCCAACAUCAGACCAAGUUGACCAGAAUUUUAACCAUGAUGAAUCUGCUGAUACAGCCAUUUCUAUUGCACAUUCAGAUGUUAUCCAAGAACAAAAAGAAUUUUUAAACAUCGAGAUUGCAGAUAAAAAGGAUAAGGAUAAUUUUGAGUUCAGUCCCUGUAUGGAACUCUGGAAAGAGAAAGAAAGAACUUGCCAAGAUUCUCUGAAAGCCCCUUUCUCAAAGGAAAAUGUCUGUGGUGAUGAAACAAUUGCUUCUAAUGAAAACAAGACAUUCCUAAAUUGCGCAAUAACCGAGGUGCAGCAUAAACAUGAUCGUUCACAAUGCUAUCCAGACACUUCAGACACAUCUAAUCUGCAGACUAAAGAGACAGCUGUUAAACCUCUUCAAUAUGGAAGUAGAAUAAGUGCUAGGAUGUCCUCUCAUGGAAACCUGGAUAGCCUUCCCAGUCAGAUUAAAGUCGGCCGUUGGUCUCGUAAUGGCAAGGUGGUAACGUGUAGUCGUACCCUUUAUGAAGGAAUGGAAGAGGUAUCAGAUUUAGGUUUUUUUGAUGGUGGAGCAGUCAAUCAAUGCUUGGUAGAAAACUCAGAAAAGAUUCUUAAUAAAGUGCAAAUGCUUGCACGCAUGUACACAGCAAAAGCAAGCAGCAUGAAAGUACCACUGCACCAGAAGAGAACACGAGUGAGUAGGGGAGCCUGGUCAGUGGAGGGAAAAGGGAGCACUUCUCCUAAGUCUCGGCAAGUACAACUACACCAGGGGGAUAUAAGGAUCCUUAAUCAGCCCAUGGAAUCUUCAGUAUCAACACCUGUUGAACCUUUUGGUCACAUCAUUUUAAGGGAGAAGCUGUCUACAACAUAUCACCAAGAAAAUGAUUGUAAUCUCAUUGGGCCCCCAGAUGAAAUGUCAACAAAUGGAUCUAAUUCACUGUAUUUUUCAUCUGCUGAAUCCUCUGCAACUUCAGUUCAAAUAUUAACAACUGUUGUAGAAUCACAGAUUUCUGUGAUAUCAGAUCAUAGAGAAAGCUCUUUAGAAAAAUGGGAGUCUAACCUACACGAAGGAGAUCACUCCUUGUCAGCUUGCGCUGGAACUCAAGUCCAAGCUGAGCCUGAAGUGCCAUCCAAACUAGCCAGAUUACCAUUGGACGAGCAUGCUGACAAUGUACUACAAUCCGUUCAGAAGAAUCAUUCAUAUACUGUAGACAAAUCCACUGCAAUAAAUAGGACUGAAGAAAGACCGAUAUUGCAAGAAGAGAACCUGGCUCUUGUGAGCAAUUCUGUUCCAAGUAGUGAAUUUUUUAUUGACUCAGUAAUCAUUAAACAUUUAGUAAAAGAGACUCACAGUGUAGAGGAGAAAAUGGGCUUAACUGUUCAGCACUCAGAAAGCAUAUUGUCCAUAAAUGAUAAACAAGAUGAAAUACAUACAGGACAUAUGAAUUCCAAGCAGAAUCAAUCUGAUAUUGAAACCACUAGCAUGGAGGAAAUAACACCUGUAGUGACCUCUGUUAGCGAAGUUGAUGCAUGUCCCCCAUUACAGCCAGCACCCUGUGUUCUAAACUCUGAAGUUAUCUCUGAAGGAUCUGAGCUUUCGUACCCUGUAGCCAAGGAUGUUACAACAAGCCCUACACAACUGAUGCCUCUGACUGGUUCAUGCAGCAAGUGUAAUCCACUGGAUGUUAAAUCCAAAGGAGACGUAAGCAAUAAUUCAAAGACAUUGAGCCCACCAUGUACACCCUCUGUAGGUGGACCUCCUUUGGAUGAGCUUCCAAUGUUUACUAGCCAAAGACCUUCCAAUCUACCCCCCACCACAGGAAAGAGAAGUUCCUUCACCAAUUGGAAUCCAUCAUCUCCAGCAACUCAGAGAGUACCACAUACUUCAUUGCGGUUUGAGGAACAGAUCCAGGAUACUUCAGCUUCUGGCCUUUCUACACACAGACAAUUGUUUUCCCAGGCUACUAAGGAUAAGCCUUCAAACAUUCCUUUUGGUUGUGUAAGUCCAUUAGAUGCCAAACAACAGUCUGCCUUUAGUCCAAACUUGCGAAUGCGGUCACCCUCUCCAAUUAGAAGUGACCAGAACUCCAGAUUGUCAUCAACAGCCUCAGCUCUUACAAAGUCUCUUGCUGCCUCUUGUAUCAGUCAGACAAUUUCCCAAACGAUGGCCAAGAGAAGAGGUGCACAUCUUCAGACUGCUUCCUUACCCGUAAUCUCCUCUCCUCUGCCAACAUCUUCUGUAAGGCUAAGGUCACCAUCACCCAAACCCAUCACCUUCGACUCAAGUGCAGAGUCAGGUUUUAGGAAUACACCCAGCACCGGGGUUGGGAGUCAACCCCUAAGGUCUUGUCCAUCCCCAUUCAGAUCGAACAGUCUUCAGCCUAGUCCAGCAACAGUUCAGACCCCUCCUCCUUACCGUAGUCAACGCUCAAUAUCCCCUGCACCUCCAGUUAGCCUACAUUCAGCUCCAUCUCCUAACAGCCUAAAUUCUGCUGCUCUUGAACAGCCUUCUUACACCAGUUUAAAUGAUAAUAAUAACAAUAACAACAGCUUAAGUAAUAACACAUGGGCCACUAACCCUAAAAAAGCACCACCCUCAAAUAUGGGUGGAUUCCCUCAUUUCCAUGAUCCUCAAAGAAACACCUUGCACAAUAGGGUUGCUCGUCCCUUUCCAUUCUCUGAGCCUAGCUCCCGUGUACAGUCCCCUUCUAUUUGCCCAUCGUCAGUCACCAGAAUCUGCUCCCCUCCACCUGCUCCGAUCCACUCCAUUCAUCUUGUAACAAAGCCACCAAAUCCCAGAGCCCCCAGGCAAGGUGGCUUUUUUACCCCUCUAUCUUUGGAAAUCUCAAGAUCAACCUCAGCUUGUUCAUUAUCCCCCUGUGAGAGCCCCAGAAUCACUUCUCCACCCCCUAUUGGCAUUCCUACAAGUGUAUGGGGUUUUGCUAAUCCACAGCCAAGGAAUCCCUCGUUAACAACUGCAUAUUCUCCAACAAAAGUGGAAGCAAACUCUACACAAAGAGGCACCAGAAUCAUUUCUCCUACCCCAAUGGGAAUGUCUUCAUGUUCAGCAACCAACUCUCAGAGCCAGAGGAGGCUACGAGGAGCCAGUUUGCCCUUUGUUGCUAUAGGGGAUAGACCACCCAGUCCAACUAGACACGAACGCAGGUCUUGGGCAGAAACGGGACGAUGGUCAGUGGGCUCAGAAUUGGGGUUAAUAAGUCCUCAUGCGGGUUCAUACAGUGGCAGCCCAUCUUCUAUCAGCCCUGGCCCUCUUUCACCUGUUAGACUAACAACUGAAACGACCAUUCUUAGCGGAAAACCUUACACAAGCAUCGCCUGGCCGGAUGUACAUGAUAUGUUAACUAAACACAACACAGAGCCCAGUACUGAAACUGUUGUUUUGUCCUGCACAGAGACAGAGCAAGAUGACAUAGAGGUUGCAGAAUCGACUUGUCGGAGCACUAUGAUCUGUCCAUAUGUUGCUCCAGCUAAUCCAAAUUUGAGAGAGAGUCCCAUUGAGGGCCCAACCGAAGGCAAAACAGAAGAAAGUAUUCCUAAUCAAGGGUCCAAAACAACUUUAAAAAACAGUUAUGCCACCACUGUCAACUUGCAGAUUGCCGGGAAUGGGAGGAUAGCAUCUUUUAGCAAUGCACAAGUCAGCCUAACUCAGACACUGUCCCCUGUAGCAGACAGCCAGAGCAGGAGAAGGGUCAGCAUCAAUAGCUGCAACUUCUCAAUGCAGGACUGCAAAAGGCUUUGAGUGGUGUGCUCCUGAGGUCUGGUAUGGUGCCUUGUUCUUCAAAGACACUUUAUCUGGCACUUUAGCAUGAAGUAGAGGACUCAGCAUAGAGAUCCAUGUCCACUCCACACAGACAAAAAAAUAAAAAUAAUUAUGGACUAUAAAAUACGGGUGUCAGCCAGUUGAUGCUAUGGUCAAUGAAUUUUUUUUUUAACCCUCAACCCUACUUCCUGGCCAGGAUACCAGUAAAACAUCAGUAAAAGACUGCUUUGCUAUAUUUGGCAGUGUUUAUUUUAUAAUUUUUAAGACUCUUGUCAUAUGCAAAUUUAUUAUAUGUAAUAUAACUAAAGCCUGUGUCAUUAAAGGCUUUCAGUUGGCUGUGAUAUAUAGAAAACUUAUUUAUAAAGUAGUUGUUUUCUGGCACUUAACUUGUUUCUUUGUUUUGCACAUUUGUCUUGAAUGUGGUCCAGACGUGUCUGGAAAAUAGUGUGUUUCAGACAAAACAUUCUUGUGUAUGUUAAAAUACAUUUUUAUUGCCAGUGUUCUAUAUGGAUUUGGUUAAUAAUACAUUUGAAAACAAGGGAACAUGAAUCGCUGCUUUGAUUGUUGUUAAUACAAACAUCAAAACAUCUGAUGUGAUAUUUUGCAUUGAUGAAAAUGUUUGCUGUACACAAUGAAAAAGCAUUCCAUCACGCCCAAGAAAAGUAUUCUGGUGUGGACUAAGAAAAGGCCAUGCUGAUCAAAUGGACUCUUGAUUUUGAUUUAAUUUUUAGUUUAUUUUUAAUGUAAUAUGUUGUUGUUUUCUAAAGGAGAUUUUCACUAUCAAUGAAUGCUUAAGUCAACUGAAACUAUAUCUCAAAUUUAUUUACCUAAGGCCUUUAUGCUUCACACAAUGCCAGCAAAAAAUGGUGCAAAGAAUACAAAUGUUCACACCUGUUAUCUGUACUUGAGGUCUAAAAAAAAAAAUUUUCACACUGUAUGGAAAAUGUGUUCUUUGUACCUAAAUAAAACCUGCAUAGUGUAAUUCUGA